CCCUAGGGGAUAAGCUGGGUGAGGAGGGCAGAGAUCUGGGCUUGGCAGGCAGACAAGAAACUCGGUGGAGAGUCUCAUGGCUGCUGCCUCUCUCUCAGGCUGUGUCCACCUCUGGCUGUGGCUUUCUGGCAGGAACGGAUGAACAUGGCCUGGCAGAUGACACAGUUGCUGCUUCUGGUUUCGGUGGCUACUGCGUGGGGUGCCCAGUCCAGGACUCCAGGGGCCAGGAGAGACCUGCUCAAUGUCUGCAUGGAUGCCAAGCACCACAAGACAAAGCCGGGCCCUGAGGACAAGCUGCAUGACCAGUGCACUCCCUGGAGGAAGAACGCCUGCUGCUCACACAACACCAGCCAGGAGCUGCACAAGGACCCCUCCCUCUUGUAUAACUUUAACCUGGACCACUGCGGCAAGAUAGAGCCUGCCUGCAAGCGCCACUUCAUUCAGGACAACUGUCUGUAUGAGUGCUCACCCAAUCUGGGGCCCUGGAUCCAGGAGGUGAACCAGAGCUGGCGCAAGGAACGCUUCCUGGACGUGCCCCUGUGCAAGGAGGACUGUCAGCAGUGGUGGGAGGACUGCCGCACCUCCUACACCUGCAAGAGCAACUGGCACAAGGGCUGGGACUGGAGCUCAGGAUCGAACAAGUGUCCGGCCGGAGCCACCUGCCGCACGUUUGAGACCUACUUUCCCACGCCCGCAGCCCUGUGUGAGGGCAUCUGGAGCCACUCCUACAAACUCAGCAACUACAGCCGAGGGAGCGGCCGCUGCAUCCAGAUGUGGUUCGACCCAGCCCAGGGCAACCCCAACGAGGAGGUGGCCAGGUUCUAUGCCUUGGCCAUGAGUGCGGGGGCCAUGUCCCAUGGGAUUGGGCUUCUCCUGCUCAGCCUGGUCCCUAUGCUGCACCUCUGGCUCCUCAGCUGAGUCCCUCCCACUGCUGACAUCUGGACAUCUUCCUUGACUGCACCCAGCCUAGGUGACCCAGCCUCAGCCCAGCUCAGCAAUCUCAGAUAAAGGGGCCUCCCAAUGCCCUAGUAAUUAUGCUUCUUGAUCUAAGAUGGGUCAUAUGGGGUUCCUCUGACAGCCUAUUUUAAUAGACAGAUCCAGGUA